GUAAAUUAUAUAUUUUCCCGCCGCUUAAUAGUUAUACCUAUAAUGGUUUGCACCAUUUGUCAUUCAUAUUGUUGAAAUAAUUAAGUUAUGUUUAGUUUAUUAUAUUUUUAUUUUCUUUAAACUCUACUGCUAUUGAAAUUAUUUAUGAAAAUUUUAAGUAGCUACGCAGUUUUAUUUCCAUUCGAGAUGAACAGCAACCCAGACUGACGACGUGCGGUCAUGGCUGUCCUCCACAGGGCCCUCUUCACCUGGUUCAUUCUGCUGGUGUUCCUGAUCCUGCUGGUGCUGCGGCUGGAUUCAAGGACCGAGUGGAACUGGUUCAUCGUGUUCGUGCCGUUGUGGGCGUACGAUGUCAUCCUGCUUAUAUACGUGCUCUUCAGUAUGAUCUCACUGUGCAAGAGUGGCCACGACCGCUUGUCUCGCUCACUGCAUCGCAAGAUCCUGUACAUGGUGGUGGUGGUGCUGAAGAUGGUGGCUCAAGUGGUGAUCUGUCUGAACCUGGAGUACCCUGCGUGGAACAUGCCCUUCUACUAUGUGAUGAUCCCACUGUGGCUGCUGCUGCCUCUACUCUCCAUAGACGUCUUCAUCUCCCUGGUCACCCACAACGCUCAGUACUGACAGCUGGUGAUCUGUCUAAACCUGGAGUACCCUGAUGGAACAUGCCCUUCUACUAUGUGAUGAUCCCACUGUGGCUGCUGCUGCCUCUAUUCUCCAUAGAUGUCUUCAUCUCCCUGGUCACCCACAACGCUCAGUACUGACAGCUGGUGAUCUGUCUGAACCUGGAGUACCCUGCGUGGAACAUGCCCUUCUACUACGUGAUGAUCCCACUGUGGCUGCUGCUGCCUCUACUCUCCAUAGACGUCUUCUUCUCCCUGGUCACCCACAACGCUCAGUACUGACAGCUGGUGAUCUGUCUGAACCUGGAGUACCCUAAUGGAACAUGCCCUUCUACUACGUGAUGAUCCCACUGUGGCUGCUGCUGCCUCUACUCUCCAUAGACAUCUUCUUCUCCCUGGUCACCCACAACGCUCAGUACUGACAGCUGGUGAUCUGUCUGAACCUGGAGUACCCUGCGUGGAACAUG